AGCACCAGGUGGCCUCAAACCCCAGCUGACAGCCAGCCCACACUCACUCUUUUUGUCCUCUUCAAAAUCUGCCAUGGGGCUUAGUGAUGGCGAGUGGCAGCUGGUGCUGAGUGCCUGGGGGAAGGUGGAGACCGACCUUGCUGGCCAUGGGCAGGAAGUCCUCAUCAGGCUGUUUCAAACUCACCCCGAGACCCUGGAGAAGUUUGACAAGUUCAAGAACCUGAAGUCAGAAGAUGAGAUGAAGGGUUCAGAGGACCUGAAGAAGCACGGCUGCACCGUGCUCACAGCCCUGGGUGGCAUCCUGAAAAAGAAGGGACAACAUGCGGCGGAGAUCCAGCCUCUGGCCCAGUCACACGCCACCAAGCACAAGAUCCCUGUCAAGUACCUGGAGUUUAUCUCAGAGAUCAUCAUCCAAGUCCUGCAGAGCAAAUAUCCCGACUUUGGAGCAGACGCUCAGGGCGCCAUGAGCAAGGCCCUGGAGCUGUUCCGGAAUGACAUUGCUGCCAAGUACAAGGAGCUGGGUUUCCAGGGCUAGGUCGCCGCCUCCCACAGCCCAGCUCACCAAGCCUGGUGGCCAGUGUCGUGUAGCAAGUAGAGUGUGCAGUGCCCUAGGUUAGCAGAGAGCAGAAGAGGGGAGCGCAGUGUGGCAUCCAGUCAUCUCCUGGGGACAGGGCUCUGGGUGGCAUCACCCCGGGGGAACCCAGAGGUGCAAAGUGGCCUCUGAUUCCUUGGCUCUGCUGUGUCAUGCUCACUUCUCCCACCACCUCAGCCUCAACUUACUUCCUCCUGGUUUCGGGAAAACCCCUCUCCCACUGUCACAUGUGACCCCAAAUCCAAGUCACUGAUUCCCAGACCCUGACCUUUGAACAAGGUGGAGGGUUCUUAUCAGGAGUGGAAGGUGGAAAGGGGGGCCAGUGGGCAUCAGAAGUCCCCUGCUGCUCGCUCAGCUGCUGGCCUACCUUGUUUCAAUAAAAUACCUCAAAACUA